AUGGAAGUAGCACAAACACCCUUACAAUUAACACAAGAUCAUCAAGAUGGAAGAAUUACAGAAGACAAUACGUCGUUGCGCUGGUCACCACCGACAUCGGCACUGGUCGCUGCUGCUCUAGCGCCACCCGCAUUACGCCCCUGGCUGCCAGAUCCACCGCAUAAGAAAACCAACCACCUGGGUUUGGUCUGCGUUGUAUGCGGUGAUACUAGUUCCGGCAAGCAUUAUGGUAUUCUCGCGUGCAAUGGCUGCAGUGGAUUCUUCAAAAGAUCUGUCAGAAGAAAACUAAUAUACAGAUGUCAGGCGGGCACGGGGCGCUGCGUGGUGGACAAAGCACACAGGAACCAGUGCCAGGCAUGUCGUCUCAAGAAAUGUCUCGCCAUGGGAAUGAAUAAAGAUGCUGUACAGAACGAGAGACAACCUCGGAACACCGCCACCAUUCGACCUGAAGCACUCCGAGAUAUGGACCAAGAAAGGGCGCUGCGGGAAGCCGCAGUCGCUGUCGGUGUCUUUGGUCCGCCGGUGUCGUUGGCGAUGGCGCUAUCGCCGGCGCGGUACCCGCUGCUGUCGCCGCACUACGCGCCACUGCCGCCGCCGCCGCAACCGGACUCCUCGCGGGAACACCACGACGAACACCACUCCGACAGUGACGAUGACAGUAUCGAUGUUACUAAUGAAGAAGACUCUACAUCUUAUUCUCCGCCAGCGAUCACCAAUUACCCGCAAAAUUGUCCUCCAUACAGACCCUUAGGAGUGGAGAGUUCAGCAGAAACAGCAGCUCGACUUCUAUUUAUGGCCGUCAAAUGGGCCAAGAAUCUUCCUUCAUUCGCAAGUUUGGCUUUCAGAGAUCAAGUAAUAUUAUUGGAAGAAGCGUGGUCGGAAUUGUUCCUUCUGAACGCCAUACAAUGGUGUCUGCCAUUAGACGCCGCCUGCGCAGCGCUCUUUGGUAGUGAACAGACAGACCAAGAGAGCGGUGUUAACUCGGCAACGCUGCGUCGUCUCCGCGAAGUGCUGGCGCGAUACCGCGCUGUGUUAGUUGAUCCCGCGGAGUUUGCCUGUAUGAAAGCCAUCGUCUUAUUUAAAUCCGAGACGCGAGGUCUAAAAGACCCGCUGCAGAUCGAGAACCUGCAGGACCAGGCGCAGGUGAUGUUGAUGACACACGCGCGCACCGCACACGGCGCUGCGCCCGCGCGCUUCGGCAGGCUGCUGCUGCUGCUGCCGCUGCUGCGUCUCGUGUCCCCGCAGCUGCUGGAGAGAGAGUUCUUCGCCAAGACCAUCGGACACACGCCCAUGGAGAAGGUACUCGCUGAUAUGUAUAAGAAUUGA